CAAAACAAUGGACACAAAGCUAUGCCGAGAGAUUUAACGCCUCUUGCAGCAUGGAGGCAGGCUUCGGUAGCAAGACUUGAAGCGAAGCAGAAGUAUUACUGUAUAUUAAAGUAUCGCGUACUAGUUGUAGGCACCUGUGAAACUAACUCGCGAAGCCAGAGGCCCUCGGUGGUCGAACAUGCCACCGACGGACCAAGACUCCGUUGCGGGGAGCGGAGUUUUCACGCCUAACGAGUCCGCAGUCUUGCCUGUCACGGAUUCUCGCACACACGCAAACUCGUGGGACACUUACGACAUCGCUACUCCGCAGAACAACAAAACAUACCGAGAAAAGAUGGCGGACGUAAGUACUUUUUUCGAUGCGGCGCACUCCUUGAGCGAUUGUUUCUGUAAAUAUGUUUUCUUUUGUACUUCGAACUAGUUUUCCAGUUUAAGGAAGUUUAAGUUUGACUCAUCUGCAACGCAGUGAGCAAACUGAAAUCAAGCGCGAACCUGAAAAUAAAAUCUUACCCCACCGAACAGAUGCAGAAGGAGCGGAACCAGCAGGUGCGGCAGUACAUCCGCGACGAAGCGGAGCAAAAGUACACGAUCAUCACUUUGGAGGAGAACCUGCAGGACAAGAUCCGCAAGCUGCGCGCGGCGCACGCGGAGAUCGCCCGGCUGCAGGAGAUCCUCCGAAAGAACGGGCUGGAGGCCGAGGUCGUGCGGGGGUGCCGCUACAAUUCCGUCGGGGCCAUCGACGAGGAAGUGGUCCCGGAGGAGGAGGUAUGGAUUGCAAAUAUGUCUGGGUCCGAAAGAUUCCGAGAUUUGUCACGCAGUUUUUCCAAGCUCCGCCAAGGCUGGAAUGCAGGGCAUAGCAUCACAGGUUCUGCAUCUGCAGCUCGUUGGUGAUACCUAUUCUGCAUGAGAAAUGGUCUCUCAGCAUGGCCAGAAAUGGGGUCCUUUUGCAAGUCACGCAACGCAGACUUUUGUAUGAUCCGCAACACGCAUGACAAGUUUCUUUACAUCCUUCCAGACCCACACACUUUUGCAGUUGAUAGGACGUGGAGGAGGUGUCCCACGUAACUAUAUCGCCGAAGGACGAGGCGGAGCGACAGCUGGAUGGCACGAACAAAACCACGAACCUCCACGGGGCGGGCGCAGCUGGGUCAGCGUCCGAGGUGGAAGGUGCCACCGCGGUGAGGAAGGUUGAAGGUAGAGACGGAAUGUAGUAUAAAAUCAAAAAUUUGCCAUGUGGCCCUCUUGAAAUCAAAUGACUGUGCAAGAAUAACGAGUUUGCCACAAAAAUCUAUAAGUACCAGACUAUCUUCCCACCGAUGAUGUUGUUGUAGCUAGUAGAAAACGAAACUCAAAAUCUCUUCAGUUCUGCACCUCCCGCCCGUGGCGUCGCUCACCGCGAAGUCCGAAAGCUCGGCCACAGCAGUCGCAAAACCGUCCGUGCCCCUCACCGCCGACGACCUGUACUACUACCCGGAGGGCAAGGCCGCAGAGGACUUUCAGCAAGUCGAGCGAGACCCCGGCGAGGAAGCCGACUCGGAAUAUGAGGACAUCGAGGACGCGAGUGAACAGCACGGCGUCGCCGAUCGUCCAGUAGAACAAGUACUCUCUUCGAGCAGACAAGGCUCCUCGUCCGUCGGCGUUGCUUCUCUGGUCGUAGCGAAGCCCACAGCCUCCAUAGUUUCUCUCGCUUCCGACGGCAGUGACCGCGUCUCGCCGUCUGCGGUGUUGACUUCCUGCGUGUUGGAAAAGAAGAACGACGAAGCUGUCUGCAAGGAGAACAGGACAUUAGCUGAAAGUAGAAGUGCCUUGAACACUUCUACCUCAGGGUCCGGGUCCAAUAGCAAAAAACCACCUUCAGAUAACUACACGGCGAAGAAGCCGGCCCCGGGGCUGGCGCGUCCCCCACCCGCUCCGGAGAGCACACCGGAUCUGCUGGAGCAAACCCGGAUUUCGAAUUCGGAAGUGGAAAAGAUGGAGGCGUCGCUGCGGAAAAAGUACACGAACUUGAAAUGUCUGCAGCGCAGCGGUGGAGACAACAUCAGCCUGAGCCAGACGAGUGGUCAACAGGUGGUCUCGCCGAUGUCGGCUUCCGUGGCAACCACCAAAGUGUCUCCGGAAAAGCGGCCUCAUGGGACGAUCAGUGCGUUGCCGAGCUUAAACAUCGGAGGCGUUACAGCCAGUAUAGAUCUCGUCACUUUGCAGAUUGAUUGCUUCAUUCAAUCGCGCUUGUGUGAGUGCUGUCUUUUCUGUCGUUCCAUGUAUAUUCAGAGUUCUCGCAAUGUCUGCUCGUCUUCGUCACGGGGGUAACAACUUUCUUAAGUUCAACUUCGAAUUUAGAUCAAACGGUUUUUUACCAAUUUUUUUACAACUCUUCCAACUAGGCUCUUCCACAUCUUCUUCCCGCGAGCGUGCUGCGUCUUGUCGCCCCGCGGCCUUCGGCAUCUCGGUUCCCAUGCACGUGCCAACAUCCGCGCUGCCGUCUCCGUGCUUGCAGUACCGUUCGCUGGAACUGCCAACGCCGAAAUGGCCUGUGCCAGCAGCAUAUAACAUGCAAAAAUGUCUGGGUCUGGAAGAAUGCAAGAUUUGUCUAUGCAUAUUUCUCAUGACUCAUCAUCAUCAUGCCUGUAAUGCUUGACCUAGCAUCGCAGACUUUUAGAGGCCUUCCUGAUGUACCUUCCGCCUGAGAAAUGCUCUGUCCGUGUAGCAAAAACUGUACCCCUCUUGCUGGUCAUGCAAUACAAAUUUUUUUAGAGUUCAAAAACAGCAUGACGAGUUGCAAUCUUCCAGACCCAGACACUUCUGCAGUUUAUACAGCCGUAGCUGGAACGAGCACUCCGGCAGACGCCAAGCCACGGUUCGUCACGCGCCUCAGCGCCCGACCGCCGCCUAGAAUGCCAACAACCGGUACAGGGGGGAGCGCCACUGCCGCCGUUGGAACCGGGCUACCCCCGGCCAAUGCGACGUACUUGCCUUUGUUUGAUAAAAAAAAAACCCAUGAAUGUGCGUACGUGUACUGAAACCGAGUUCUUGAAACCUAAGAACAGUGUACUUUUUCGUUCUGCAGCAUGUUUGAUGUACACAUUUGACUUUCGUUUUCCCAACACCAGCGUCGUUGCUGUGGAAACGACCAAGAGCGCGACCAGUUCCGCGGCACCCAGCCCGCUCACGGCCACCGCUGUCUCGAAGCACAUGGGCGUGUUGCACUACCCGCGGUUCGCCAAGCAGCCCCGAAUCGCGCAGUACUCGACGAGACCCUCAAGCACAAGCCCGGCGGCGGAGACGCCGCUGGUGUUUUCCCGUGCCGUCGUACCCGCUACGGCUCACCAAACCAGCAGCUUCCUCCCCGCCGCGCGUGCCAGCGUCACCGGCGUGCGAACCCUGGUCGGAGGAGGAGCGAUUUGUCCUGCGAAGAACAGUAACACAACCCCCAACCGCAGUCCCUCGCACAAUUCGAGUUCCGUCCGCAAGCUUCGGGCUGGAUCUGCGGAUGAUGCGACGUCGGAGUUGCAGAACCUCCGUGCAGCAACUUCUACCGGCCUAGACUCCUCUGCAACGCGACGACUGGGCGCUUCACCUGUGGACGGUAAGGACUCCGGUGCGGAACUGCUCAUGUCCAAAACGACGGCAGACUCAGCAAAGAGCAAGGAAACGGUUACGACAGCAGAAAAGGGCGGAGAGCAUCAAGAGACGAAGGAGUACUUGCGAGUGGCCCGGUCAGACACCCUCGAGGCGAGUCCGGUGUCGUAAGGAUACUUAAAGGUUGAAGUGGCAGGUUGACAUCAAGAUCUGCAAAAGAGUUUUAGUGAUUUUGAUUUAAUGAGGACUUUUUCAGCACAUGUUGAUCCGGACGAGCUUGUGGGCCAGGCCUUGCCUCUGAGUCUCAAAAAAGCCUUUCCCACAAAUAGAAAUUCCAAAACAAGUCGCUCUAACUCAGUAGUCUAGUAUGAAAUAGAUACUGCAGCGUGAGCGUAAGACAAGUGUUUUUCAAGUUCAUCACUGGCUUUCAUGUACAUAUCGCGACCGUAUUGUGUUUGUGACCCGGUUUGAAUAUUAGACAAGAAAUUGCUGUAAGAGUAAAGCUGGCUGUUUGUGUGUGCGCCGUGUCAUGUUUUUGUCAUGCAGGAUUCGGUUUUUAACUUUAGCUUCCCUGACGGGCAUGUGAUGAGCUUUCCUCACAGCACGGACCCCAACUUGUUGCAGAUGAAUGUUGUCGGGAUCUAUCAUCUUUUUUGUUGAUCGAAAAGAAAAAUGAACUCACAGACACACAUAAUGAUAAGCGACGACUUUUAGAAGAAGAAGCACAACUUUACAACAAGAAAGAACGCGCAAUUGCAGUAGAAGAAAAUACUUUGAAGAUUUUUCUGGGUUUCUGGGACCUGAGACGAGGCCGGAAGGAACGCCAU